AAUGCUGACAGUCUGACAGAGCCAAGAGUGUUACAACCAUUGCUGUCAACAAUAUAGAUUAAAAACUUCAACGUCAGUGAUUUAUAACUAGCAUCACAUUUGGUGAUGGCGUCCAUUAUCAAAGAAUGCAGUCUUGUGCUGCACGAACUCUCCAAUGCUGCAGUCAGGAGUGGCAGAUGCCCCGAGCAGAGUCUCACUCAAGCAUCUCCUGGGGGCAGCAGAGUAAAGUCUGAAGCCUUGGAAAAGGUUGACCCUCCACCAUUCCUUGAAGUUCCUGCUAUCGCCAUCAAGGAGGAACCUGAGGAUGAAACUGAAGAAGUAUCCAUCAAAGAGGAACCAUUCUUUUAUGGAAAUGAGGUUUGUUCAACUGCAUAUAUCAGCCCUGCACCUGCACUCUCCUCUUUUGUGCCAUGUAAGAUGGAACCUCAAGUUGAGUCUCACAACGCCCUCCCAAACUCCUCACAGAACAUUACUGCUCCAUUGUCAAAUCAGGUGGGUCAGCACCGGCAUCAGCAGACGCUGCUGGCGGCUCUGGCGUCUCUGGGGCGUCCAGCUCCAAGCAACACAUAGAAAAAUCAUUCAAGAACCGCGACUGUGAACAAUCGGGUAUCACAAGAAAAUCAAUGCCAGAGUUGAAUUCGCGUGCCACUCAGGGUGAUCUCAGGGAAACAAUCUCAGGGAAACAACAUAUUAUCCUACGUCAUCCUCAGAGAAAUGCAAAGAAAUGCUCUCGAAGUAAAUGUGCUGAUGGUUGCAAAGAAAUCUUGCACAAGAAUUGCCUUUCUAACCGUUCACUAAUAAGGAAGUUUCGCUGCUCUGAGUGCGAUUAUGCUUGCAUCACGAAAGGGACCUUGGAAAGUCAUUAUCUUUUUAAGCAUUCAACAGAAAAAUUUUUUCAGUGCUCUGAGUGUGAUUAUGCUUGCACCACAAGACUGGUCUUGAAAAGACAUUUUCUUUCCAAACAUUCCACAGAAAAACCUUAUCACUGCUCCGAGUGUGAUUAUGCUUGCACAGUAAAAUGGGACCUGAAAAGACAUUUCCUGUCCGAACAUUCCACAGAAAAACCUUUUCAGUGCUCCGAGUGUGAUUAUGCUUGCGCCGCAAAAUGGGACUUGGAAGAACAUUUACUUUGCAAGCAUUCAACAGAAAAACAUUUUCAGUGCUCUGAGUGUGAUUAUGAUUGCGCCACACAACGCAACUUGAAAAGACAUUUUCUUUCCAAACAUUCCACAGAAAAACGUUUUCAGUGCUCCGAGUGUGAUUAUGAUUGCGCCACAAAAAGUCAAUUGAAAAGUCAUUUUCUUUACAAACAUUCCACAGAAAAGCCUUUUCAGU